UACACAAGUCAACCAUUGCGAGCUUGUUCCUCGUAAAUGCAGUGUGGAAGGGUGAAGGCACUGAAACCAGCCACAGAGAAACAAGUCAGCAUUGCUUGAACAGUUAGUCUACAAUUUAUCCAAAAAAGGGUGAAAACAGUAAAAGUACACUGUUUGGUGUAAAUUAAACGUCAAUUAUCCAAGUUUCUUACUUGUUAGCUAGGCGGCUGUCUUCUGGUUGCUGAGUGUCGCUGUUUCUCCCUGGAGCUAACACUAAGGGGGACUCCAUGAAAGAUGACAGAGGAGGUGAUUGUUGUAGCCAAGUGGGACUACACGGCCCAGCAGGACCAGGAACUUGACAUACGUAAAAACGAGCGUCUCUACCUGCUGGACGACUCUAAAACUUGGUGGCGCGUCCGCAACGCGGCCAACCAAACGGGCUAUGUGCCGUCCAACUACGUGGAGCGCAAGAACAGCCUGAAGAAAGGCUCGCUAGUGAAGAACAUCAAGGACACGCUAGGUUUGGGCAAAACAAAGAGGAAGACCAGCGCCCGCGAUGCUUCCCCGACGCCGAGCUCGGAUUCGGAAUACCCCACCAACGGCAGCGGGGGCCAGGUAGGAGGGGCAGCGGAGAGAAUCUACGACCUCAACAUGCCCGCCGUGGUCAAGUUCGCCUACGCAGCGGAGCGGGACGACGAGCUGACCCUGCUGAAGGGCUCCAGGGUGGUGGUGAUGGAGAAGUGCAGCGACGGCUGGUGGCGAGGCAGCCAGGGGGGCCGCGUGGGAUGGUUCCCCUCCAACUACGUCCAGGAGGAGCUGGGCGAGAGUCCUGACCGAGUUGGCGGGGAGGAUUCCUACACUCAUGGGACCUUGAUGGCUAAUGGGAGCAUCUGGGGCCGCCGCCGCGCCGUCCUGGUUCAGACGCUCUACCCCUUCAGCUCCGUCACGGAGGAGGAGCUUAACUUUGAGAAGGGCGAGAUCAUGGAGGUGGUGGAGAAGCCGGAGAAUGACCCCGAGUGGUGGAGGUGUAAGAACUCACGCGGCAUGGUGGGCCUGGUGCCUAAAAACUAUGUCACGGUUCUGGACGAGCGACCGGGCCACCCGUCACCCUCUAUGAAAGGCUCCCCGCGGAGCCGCCACAUGGCGCCGGCGCGCUCAGGAAGGUUUGCCGGGAGGGACUGGUACUAUGGCAACAUCACCCGGCACCAGGCCGAAUGUAUACUCAACGAGAGAGCGGACGAGGGCGACUUCCUCGUACGGGACAGCGAGUCAUCGCCCAGUGACUUCUCUGUGUCUCUGAAGGCGGCGGGCAAGAACAAGCACUUCAAAGUGCAGCAGGCCGACGGCAUUUACUGCAUCGGCCAGCGCAGGUUCAACUCCAUGGACGAGCUGGUGGAGCACUACAAGAAAGCCCCCAUCUUCACCAGCGAGCGUGGGGAGAAGCUGUACCUGGUUAAAGCGCUGCUGUGACGCCCCUCAACACUGGAUCCCCCUCCCGCACACACACACACACACACUAACACACACACAUCACCACUUGCAAGCUGUCUUAACCGAAGCCUUCUCUGGUGGCAUCCACGCACUACAGCAACAGCCUCUGUCGCCCCCCAGUGGCCGUUAAGUGAAGUUUCUUCUUAAGUCCAGCAGGUGAGCAGUUCCACCUCGACAUUAAACACACCCGAGGCCUUUUUUUUUCCUCCCGAGGGUCUCCAACACUGUUGCUCUCAACUAAAAAAAAAAAGGGGGACAAACAGUAAAAAAAAUACAUCUAAUUUCAAUCAUCAUCACUCUUCACCAAGUGACCAGAAUCGCUCUCUCACCGUUUUGUCUCCCUCCAAAAUGUCAGAUUUGCAUUUUUUUAAUGUUCUGCCUCGUUUUGUUCCACGUGUCGCACCUGAGUGGGGAAACUAAGACUAAAAUAUUCUGAGUUUAAGUCCUUUUAGGUGGAAGUGACAUAAGAAAAGUGACAUUGUGCUGGUUUGGGCCUUUUCUGCUCAUGGUGUUUACUUCACAGGAAGUAAACAUCUAUUAAUUUUGUCUUUGAACACCACAAAAACUAACUUUUUUUUAUGUUUCUCAAGCCGCCGCGCCUCACAUCUGCUACGCGAAGUGCUAGAAGAUUCCAGGAUACUUUAGAACGCCUCGCAAGUACCGGUGAGUGUGUGGCACACUCACUAGCUGUACUGAUCGAUACUGCGUCGCUCUUUCACGAUUGUCGUCAGCCAUCUAGUGGAUUAAAAAAGUCACUACAUUUGACCCGCGAUUCAAAUCAAUGGUUUAGCUUGUUCAGUCAACAGGAAGAGAACUUUGACCUCGUUUAAAGCCGUAAAAUGAAAACAAUCCAAAGACUUUGAGGUUUUUUCCUUUUUCCUCAUUCCAUUUAGAGCGACGCCACGCUGACUUUUUCCAGAACGAUUCCCGAUGAACGCAGUUUGUCGCUUCACGGUCACAUGUUUUUUUUCUUCUUAAAGUGACACACACCUAGAGGCUUUGAGGGCCGCAGUAUCACUUGUGUUUCCUCAUGCAUCGAGGCUUGAUCAUCACUAGCGAGUCGUAUCGGUGUUCCUGAUAUCAUUCCCAUCAAAGUUCUUUAUUAUUCUCAAGCUGCUGCACCUCACCUUUUGAAGGCGCCAGCUCUGACGUAUACAAGUUUUUUAUGCUCCUCGCCAAGCGUAGCUCUCAAUGUAUUUAGAUUUAUUUUUUUUACACCCAAAUCUUUAUUUUUGUCAAGCUGCUGCGCCUGCUCUUACUGAGGCUAGAACAGGGGUGUCCAAAGUGAGACCCCCGGGGGCCAUUUGUGGCCUGCGGCUCCAGUUUUGUUGUCCCGCAAUAUAAUUGUCAAAGUAAAAUCCAACACAAAAAUGUAAGCAAAGAAGCUGAAAUGUUGAUACAAAUAUGAGUGAUAUUUUGUCACCUGUAACGAAAAGUUUGCUCGAUUUUUGGCAUCUUUCUCCAUGCUUGACCCGUCGGUACUUUGGUGGAAAAGGUUUGGACACCUGCGCAAGAAUUUCCAUUUGACCACCUGAAACAUGUUAUGUCGUGAAAAGCACACGCCAUCGCCAAUAAACUUUUUCUUUCUUUUUCUCAAGCUGCUACACCUUCCCUUUUGAAAAUCAUCCCUCAAACUUCUUACCCCGAGUAUUACCACAAAAUGUUGUUUUUAAUUGGUCUUUUUUCGUGAUUUUUGCAAGUACCACCGUUUUCCCUUGGAAAGUUUUUCUUGACUUUUCUCAAGCUGCCGUACCUCCCAUGUGACCGGCGUGCAGAGUACAAUAAAACAAUUUGAACUGAAAGCAAAAUCAAUUUGUAGUUGUAUGCAAGGGAUUCAUACGGGCCCCCAUUCCCGGGCGGAUCUCACGUGAGAGGAAGAGAAGGGGUUAGUCUGCUGAAAAUGAUGGAAAGUGCCACCUCUGCAUAGCGACUGAGGCUGUGGUCAAAGUUGGAACUGCCACAAAACACAUUUUAAGAUAUUCAACACUUUACUGCUUUACGCCCAAAAUUCGUCACGUUUCAUGUGUCAGGUAACAGCCUAACACAACUUCCUAAGAGCCUUUUGUCACUUUGUUGUGUCAUUUCCAGCUAAAAUACAACACUUGGUAAGAAUAGACUGGAAAAAAACAAGUAAUUUGAUGCACCAGUGGGGGGUCAGAGAGCUGAUUUCUGGUGGCGUUUGAAUGUUAACGAGUGGAACCAAAGGUGCCAUCUUCUCCCAGGUCCGUCACAAAGUGUCACGCGGCGCCAACGCCCACCUCGAACUUUGCUUUCCCAUCCGCCUCCGCUAACGACUGCAGUGAAAAUCCACUUUCAUAGAUGCUUCGAACAAUAUCUUUCAAAUUGUGCCAAAUUGGUGGUCUCCACCACAGUGUUCCAGGUGCACCAACUAAUCAGAUGUCCCGCAACCCGUCGAGUCCUACCCAACACUUUCUUGUCCGUGUGCGUUCGUUUGCUGACGGUCGAGCUUUUAUAGGAUUCUACCGGAAUGUUAUUUAAUUCCUGUCUCCACUGUAUGUAUAUAUUCCAAAAUAAGAUGAGGUAUGGUACUGCAUCACCCACAACGUGAUGACUAUUUACUUUUGUUCAAUAUAAAAGAUUCUUUUUUUUGGAAGAAUAUUAAAACCUUGAAUUGAU